AUGUGCGUUGCCCCACACGUGCGGUGAACGUUUGGACCUGCUGCAUGAAGCACAUCUGAGACUCGCCAGCGCUAAAAUUGAAAAGUAAUUGUUAAAGAAAAUAGAAGGCGUGUUGUUGCCCUUUUAAACUCGGGUGAAAGAAGAUAAUCCUCCGUGAAGCAUUUCGCCGAGAGGGCCGGAAUACCAGAAAAAACUAUUCACAAUGACUGAAGCCCAGGUGAACCCAAAGGCCUACCCGCUGGCCGACGCCACGCUGACCAAAACCAUCCUGGACCUGGUGCAACAAGCGUCCAACUACAAACAGCUGAGAAAGGGGGCAAAUGAAGCCACUAAAACCCUGAACAGAGGCAUCGCUGAGUUCAUCGUGAUGGCCGCUGAUGCCGAACCACUGGAGAUCAUCCUCCACCUGCCACUGCUCUGCGAGGACAAGAACGUCCCGUACGUGUUCGUCCGCUCCAAGCAGGCCUUGGGUCGGGCCUGUGGGGUGUCGCGCCCCGUCAUCGCUACCUCAGUCACCAUAAAGGAGGGGUCUCAGCUCAAACCGCAGAUUCAGUCUGUCCAGAUGGCUAUUGAGAGACUGCUGGUGUGAUCUGUGUUGCACUGUUGAAGAAAGGGGAGUUGAAUAAAAUG